AAUCGCUAUUGUGGUCUCGGUGUCGAAUAAAACUGCUCCCUAUUGCCUGAAUACACAAAUGACGAGAAGAUAAUGAUCUAGGAUGGACAUGUUGAUAAGAAAUACGAGUCGGAACAACCCUUUCCAUUAUGUUCUAGAGACAGCGGUUGAUGGGUCGUGCAUAAAAUAAAAAAUGCAGCUUCCACUUCAAGUGUGUACAAUUUCCACCAUUAGACGUUAUUUGGAGCAUUGCGUCGUGACUAUUUCUGAGCAUGAUGAAAAUGGUGAUACGAUUCGGGUUCCAUGUGUUUUUUCUGUUCAUUUGGAUUUAUUCCGCAUUAGGAGCAGACGCGACUAUCGUCAAGGAUGGUGACGUUAUACAACCACGAUUUAGCGUCCUUGGAAAGUACAUGAAGUUGGAGGACCAGACUUGGGAACUUCCGGCGCGUAGCGGCCACUGGGCGCUUGUCUGUCACCACAUGGAGAUCGAGAACUCGAACCAAUGCGAGCACGACUAUCUGCAGAUAAAGGAGAGCAACCCUACGAUUCCAAUUGCAAAGUACUGCGGUAACGUGUGUCCGGAACCGUACAUAUCCGAAACUUCGCAUCUUGAUCUUCAAUUCGUGUCGGACACAAUGUUCGAGUUUAGCGGGUUCAAGUUCAGCGUAUUUCACGCGGCCCAAAAAGAGUUGUUAAUUCCAAAGAUACGGAGUCUUCCUAACCAAGAGAGUUUUGUUCUGCGUAAGUACUGGCACACCGGAAGUGACGCAUUCACGGACGACACUGAAAACAAUACGCCCACUUUUUACUGGCUCGUGGCAUCCGUGGGGAUCGCUCUGCUGUGCUUCGCUGCCCUGCUAAUCUACUUCGCAGCUCUGUUGCGCAUGCGAAACAAGCAGGCGGAACCAACUGUUUUCUAUAGCUCAUCAGAAUCCACGUCGACUAUUUCCGCAAGUACGAACAACAGCGACUCGAGGAAUGAUAAAUCUAAGAAACGUCUGUUGUCGUCUGGAAAGCGCUAUAGCAGAAGACUUGCGGACAGUAUGGCGAGCGUCCAGAAUGGCCACGUGGUUCUUGGCCGAAGCGAUUCCAUGCCAGUGAAAUUCCAGCACAACAUUUUGUACGAGCCUAAUGCAUGAACAAUAUAGUAGAUCAAGCAUAUUGUUUAAUUCAUUACGGUUCGGGUUGUUUUCUUUCCUUUUUUUGCAAAACAUGUAUACUCGUCUGUCAUUUGUCAAUGUGGUCAAACCUUGCCCUCAUGCAAUUUUGUUAAAAGGUUAUAAUGAGUUAAUGAGUAAUAACCAUUAACAUUUCAGUCAUCGUACUUCAUGUGAUUGUUGUUUUAUUGUAUCGUGUCAAGUGUAAUUAAACUAAAACUGUUUUCUUGCAUUAAAUGCAAAUGAAUCUUGCUCUUUGAAAACGGGUUUAAUGUAAGUGCGUUUAGUGUCUUACCAGAUUAGCACGUUCAUAUCGCACAGGCUAAUCAGGGAUGACACUUUCCAUCUUAACUGAAUUUUCACGAAAAAAAGACUUAUUAUUAUUAUUAUUAUUUGUAUUACAGACCGAUGUUCUUGUUUCGUUAUAUUCAAAUGAGUACAGGUAUUUCUCUUAUUGCAUCUUUAUGUGCUCUCCUUUCAUACAGCGCACAUGCUCAUUAAACAAAGUCACUGUAAUUACAUAAAUGUAUAUACAUCAUACGUAUUAUGUUAUAAAUCGACUUGAAUUUUGUACAUAAUUUAAUUUAUGCUGUAAAAUAAAUUUGCUC